CUUUCAGAUUAUUUUACAAUAACAUCUCAGGUAGUAAAAUGGAAUCGGUUAAAAGUAGGCCUAUUGACGAUUUCAUACCGGUUAAGAAACCGCGGCUAAAUAAAUCAAUGGUAAAAGAAACAAACGAAAAACCAAACCCUCAAACAGAAGAGAAUACACCUCAACAUUGUGCCAAGAAAAGUAGUUUGUUAUCCUCAUCAAACAGUGUGAAUAUAGGCUCAGUGGAACUUGACAAAAAUGAAAUACCCAACAAUACAAAAGUGGAUCCUGAAAAGAAUGAGGAAUCUGUCAAUCAAAAUUCAAUGAGUGAUUCGAGCUUUGAAGCAAGUGAAAGUGAUUGGCAACCUUCUACUGACGGUGCCUUUGAAUGGAUUCAUUCACAAAUGGUAGCAGGCGUCCAACCAAGGGAUAUUUUGUACAAAUUAGUUCCUGAUGUUGCACCUAUACCACCUGAUGUUAAUAUGCUUUCUAUAUGGAAACUGAUUCUAAGCAUUAUCAGUGAACCGAAACGACGCAAGAAACUAGACACUGUGAACACAUUAUCCGAUGCCAUUCGUCUUAUUAAAACAUCUAAGAAAAUCCUGGUGUUGACCGGAGCUGGGGUAUCUGUGUCGUGUGGAAUACCUGACUUUCGCUCAAGAGAUGGAAUUUAUUCGCGACUGUCUGUUGAUUUCCCUGAUCUUCCCAAUCCUCAGGCAAUGUUUGAUAUACAUUAUUUUAAACACGAUCCAAGACCUUUUUUCAAGUUUGCAAAGGAGAUUUAUCCUGGCCAGUUCAAGCCUAGUAGAGCACACAGGUUUAUAAGUUUGCUUGAGAAGACUGGUAGAUUAUUAAGAAACUACACACAGAACAUCGACACACUUGAACAAGUGGCCGGAAUAUCAAAGGUGGUACAAUGCCAUGGAUCUUUUGCUACUGCUUCCUGCUGUUCAUGCGACUAUAAGACUAACUGUGAAGAAUUAAGAGCAGAUAUUUUUAACCAGGUGGUUCCCCACUGCCCCCGUUGCCCCAGCGAUGACCCAGGGGUCAUUAAACCCGAUAUUGUAUUUUUCGGGGAGAAUUUACCCCAACAAUUCCAUCGACAAAUGACAAGCGAUAAGGACGACGCGGAUCUCUUAAUCGUGAUUGGGUCGUCGUUGAAAGUUCGACCUGUUGCUCUCAUUCCAAAUUCAAUCCCUGACCAUAUCCCUCAGUUAUUAAUAAAUCGUGAACCGUUGUCACAUAUGACAUUUGAUAUUGAACUACUUGGUGAUUGUGAUGUCAUACUGUCCGAAAUAAGCAAGCGACUUGGUGGGGAAUUCAAUGAACUUGUAGACGAAAUGCAGAACUUGACCGAAAUCUCUGUACUACCUGAUGCAGCAAUUUCCCCCAACACCAGCAACAACACAGCAGAUGCAGCAAUUUCAAGUCCACACACAAUGUCCCCAUUGGUAUCCACUGUAAACUCAUUGGGAAAUGGAUUGGAAAAGGAGACAGAGAAUGUGAAACAUUGUGGGAAAGUUGGUCGCAACAGUUUGGAAAGCAAUGUAACAUCUGGAGACACAUUUGAGCGAAGUAAAUCUGUUUCAACUUGUGAAAAUAAUGCAGUACUUCAUUGUGACAACUCAACAGAUGUAAGCAAAUCAACACUGAAUGAAACGUCAACUAAAACAGAUGAAAAAAACAUUAUAGACAGUAAAAAAACAACAGAUACUGAAAAAUCAACAAACGACUAUCACAAAUAUAAUGUUAAUGAUGAAAAAUCCACCAAUGACAAUCAAAAAUCAAUAGAAGAUGAACAGACAUCAAAAAAUAACAGAGAAAAAUCAACAGUUGGUGAAAAAAAUGUUGAUAGUGACAAAUCAACAGAUGCCACAGAAUCAACAAACGGUGAUAAAACAAAUGAAAAUAAAUCAACAACAGAUGACUUAGAUCAAGUUGGGUCAAUGAAAGGGUUUUGGAAAAGUCGAUGGAAGCAAUCUAUUAGCAAGAAACUACCUCCUGGCAAGUUCUACUACGACAGUGACCACCGAUAUAUAUUCGCUGGAGCUGAAGUUAGUCCUGAAGAGGAAAGCGAUUCUGACAGUGAUAGUUCGGAUACUGGAAACACCUCAGAUGAUGAUGGUAGUGAUAUGACAUGUGGACCCCCCCACACAACGGAAGCUGACCAAAGUACAAAUAUUUCUGCGGAUACAAAUGAUAUGCAAUCUGGUUGUAGUACAGAAUGCGCAGAUUCAUUAUAAAAAUAUUGCAAUGUUUAAUUCAGAGGUUUUAAACUGAGUGCCACAACACAUAGGUGUCUUCAAACAUGCCACGGAACUUGGAGCCAUGAAAAGCUCUGUAGCUUGUAAUUUACUAUAUUGGUAAAACUUAGCAAUGUUAUCGUCUAAAAGGAGGCAAAAUAUGUUGAGUAAUUACUAAUUACAAGUAUGAAAAAUGAUAAAAAUUUGGUGUACACAAACAGAUCCAAAGAAUGCAAGUGUGUUGUGCCCUAAAAGUUUGCGAAUCUCUGAAUUAAACAAGUCUUAAUAAGAUUGGAGCCGUUUUAGGCUCAUUUUUGAAUAGUAUUUUUUUUUAACUUUAAACUUUCUGUACUAUAAAGCUACAUAUCAAAUAAAUUAUGUCAUUCGCUAUUUUAGGUAUAAUGGUCUUCGUAAGUUUUAAUCUCUUUUGCUACUAGAUAUUUAGAAAAUAUGGCAACAUUUUGUGUAUUCUUUUCUGAUAAUUCUAUUUCUUUGUUCCAAAUUUGUUCUUUAUAAAUUGUUUGUGUGUUUUUGUAAGAUGGUUGUAAGAAUUGGGAUUAUUUUCUUUUGUAAAAUGUUCUUGUGAUUUUCGUUGUUUUUCACACCCACUGCCUUGAUUUCGAAAAUUUCCCAAGACACUUUCAAGAACUUGAUUUCGAAAGUUUAUAAGAAAUGAAUAAAAACUCUCCUUGUCUUUA